AAAAGAAGAAGAAUAUUUUCCCGGAAGUAGAGAGCACAUGGCCGUAUGUCAUAGGGUCAGAUUGGAACAUGGCGCACUCGGACUCAGUAAAAGCGAGUGUCCCGUCGUAUUUAAAGGAGGCACAGUUGAUUAAACAGGGUGCAGAAGCCCGCGUCUAUCGAGGUACGUUUUUGGGUCGGUCCGUGAUUAUUAAAGAGAGAUUCCCAAAAUUAUAUCGCCACCCUGAAGUCGACGAGAAACUGACGCGCCGCAGAACCACACAGGAGGUGCGAUCCAUACUGCGAUGCAGGAGAGCAGGUAUCAACGCACCCGUUGUUUAUUUUGUUGACUACACCACUCAUAGCAUUUUCUUGGAGGAUAUCAUUCACUCAGUGACAGUAAGAGACCACAUUGCAUUGGCUCAAGCAUCAGAACAAAGCCCAAAGCAUCUCCAGACUCUAGCAGACAAGAUCGGAGAAACCCUUGCUCAGAUGCAUGAUGAAGAUGUCAUCCAUGGUGAUCUUACCACCUCCAACAUGCUUCUGGUCAGUGGAGCUGACGACCAAAACAUUAAGCUGGUUCUGAUUGACUUUGGGUUGAGUUAUAUUUCUGCUCUGCCAGAAGAUAAAGGAGUUGACCUCUACGUGUUGGAGAAAGCUUUUCUCAGCACUCAUCCCAAAACGGAGACUUUGUUUGAGAGACUUAUGAAAAGUUACACCGCUUCAUCUAAAAAGUCCUCUGCGGUCAUCAAGAAACUGGAUGAAGUUAGAUUGAGAGGACGGAAGAGGUCUAUGGUUGGAUAAAGUGCAUUACAGCGUGUAUUCUGGCAUUGAAAUGGUUUUGCUACAAGCUUAGAGCUGUAGUUUGAUGUUGGAAAUGUAGUCAUCUUUGUAGUACAUGAAUGUGUAGGGUUUUUUGGCACACUGAACGUAACGUAAUGGUUUCAUCUCAGAUUCUGCAAUUCAGUGUGGGUGCAUGAUGAAGACUGGUUCACGCUUGGAAAUCCACUGAUACCAGCUGAUGGCUGGCCCACCUGAUCAAUUUUUAAUGAAUGUUGGUCAAAGAGUAACUCUUUUUUCGUACUGUACUGUUUCAUCUAUAGUUCAGUAUAAUUAAUAUAGUGCAAUAAUAAUUGCCAAAAAAUAGCAGUUGAAUUUUUGGAGCCCUACUAAAAAUACUUGUGAUGUUAAACAUGUAAAUGUUCAGUGUGCUUCCAAGACCUGCAAAUGAAACCAAUAAAAAAACUGCAUUCAAGUUCAAUAA